AUGGAGUUGUGCGUCGUUCGGGUAAGGUCGGCGUCUUUCCGUCCCAUACGAGUACUUUACGAAAUAUGCCUACGAGUGAUUAUCGACUAUAACUAUUCAACGACCUUUCAAAGGUAAACAAUGUAGUUGAGGUUUUUAGAGGCUUACAAAUAGUUUUCUCCAUGAAGAUCCUCAAAAGCCAUUCCAUACGAGGAGAACCAAGUCCAUAGUCAUGUCGUGGCGUGCAUGGAUUCGUUCUGCGGUAUUCUUUUCAUAUUUUAUAGUUCUUUGUGUCGCUUUGCCUCUGUGUGUYUGGGAGCUCCACAGACAGGAUGCUUCGACACACGUCGAGGCAUGGUUUGUGGCUGGGAUAUUUGUGUUUUUGACGGUGCCUAUAUCUCUAUGGGGAAUAUUACAGCAUUUAGUGAACUACACAAAACCUGAACUACAGAGACGUGUUGUAAGAAUUUUAUGGAUGGUACCCAUAUACUCAAUAGACAGUUGGCUGGCCCUACGUUUUCCUAAAUAUGCUAUAUAUCUUGAUUCCUUGAGAGAGUGCUACGAAGCUUAUGUUAUCUAUAAUUUCAUGACAUAUCUGCUAGCAUACUUGAAUAGAGAACAUGACUUGGCGAUUGAAAUGAUUGGGAAGCCACCUAUAAAACACCACUUUCCUUUUUGUUUGUUUCCUCCAUGGAAAGCUAAUAUGCAUUUUAUCAAUCGCUGUAAACAAGGUGCAAUGUCCUACACAGUCAUACGUAUACUAACAACCAUCAUAGCAGUCUGCACAGAACUAGCUGGAAAAUAUGAUGAAGGAAACUUGAACUUUAAGAAUGCUUGGUCCUAUAUAGUGGUUAUAAACAAUUGCUCUCAAGUGUGGGCUUUAUACUGUCUGGUACUGUUUUACAAGACACUGAAAAAGGAAUUGAAGCCAAUUAAACCAUUUGGGAAAUUCCUGUGCAUCAAGCUAGUGGUAUUUGCAUCAUUUUGGCAAGGCGUUUUAAUAGCAAUUUUAGUUAAGGUUGGAGUAAUUUCAGAAAAACACACUUGGGUGUUUUACACGAUAGAAGACGUAGCUAAUGGAAUACAGAAUUUCAUCAUCUGUAUAGAGAUGCUCCUUUUUGCUGUUGCUCACUAUUAUGUCUUCUCACACACACCCUACCUGGACGAAAACUCCCCGGCUCCACCCUGCUGCGCAUCGUUGGUUUCGAUGUGUGACGUCACUGAUGUUCGAGAUGACGUAGUGGAACAUGUUAGAACUGUGGGUAGCACUGUUAGGGGUACUGUUGUGCGUAAUAAGAAAACUGUCGUUGAAGAAUCUGCUCCAACUGUUCCCAGCCCUACCAUCGCAGAAGAGAGUUCAACAGAACGUACACCGUUGCUUCUGAGAGACUUAUCGCGCGACAGUGAUGUAGAAAUACACACAAAUAAUUUAUAGUUUAUGCUUCAUGCCCGGCUACGCACCCGGUUCGUCUGCUGAGUACAACAUAACAAUUUUCACCUUUUGCAGCUACCACAUGCAAUGAUAUUUGCGCGCUUCAAAUUUGUGACCCUCAGAAAUAGAAGCAAAAUCGAUUCAUUCUAGCAUAAUUCUGCUUUAAAUCCAAUGCUGGGCAAAAUUGAGAAACUAGUGACUUUACUCUAAUAAUUAAUAGUUAGUAAAUAAUUAAUUAGUUUCGUAUUUUUAUUGCAAUUGCGGGUUUUUAUUUUCGAUGGUUAAUUUUCACAGGUUUCAUGACACCUCAGUUUUGCAGGGACUUGACGUGAUUUUUUGCCACUAUUUAAGAUCAGCUGGCAGCGGUUGAACUGCAUGUGUAGCCGGUCUCUUUAGUAACCAUAUUUUURUGAUCUCAUGUUAAUUAAAUCUUUAUUACGCUUUAUGAAAAUUAUGUAAGAUUCGAUUAAACUUAGCAAGCAUUCUUAUCA